AAAGAGUUUCGUGUUGCUUUGUUUUGCUUAUACUGACCGGAUUUUUUCGGUGAAAUGCUAUUUUGGUUAAAAGAAGAAAUGGACCCCCAGGAGCUCACCCGGCAACUGGCCACAGUGAUCACUCAUGUCGAUGAAAUUAUGCAGCAGGAAAUCAGGCCCCUGUUGGCAGUGGAUAUAAUCGAACAACUUCACAGACAAUUUGCCAUUCUUUCAGGAGGCCGAGGGAAAGACAAUGCCCCCAUCAUCACUUUUCCUGAGUUUGUGGGGUUCAAACACAUCCCCGAUGAGGACUUCCUGAAUGUCAUGACCUACCUGACUAGCAUCCCCAGUGUGGAGGCUGCCAGCAUUGGAUUCAUCAUUGUUAUCGAUAGACGGAGGGACAAGUGGAGCUCCAUAAAAGCAUCCUUGACACGAAUAGCUGUGGCAUUUCCAGGAAACUUGCAGCUCAUAUUCAUCCUUCGUCCAUCUCGCUUUAUCCAGCGGACAAUCACUGACAUUGGCAUUAAAUACUAUCGAGAUGAAUUCAAAAUGAAAGUGCCGAUCGUUGUGUUAAAUUCUGUCUCCGACCUUCACGGCUACAUUGACAAAAGCCAACUGACAGAGGACUUAGGGGGAACUUUGGAAUAUCGCCACAGCCAGUGGAUAAAUCAUCGAACUGCCAUCGAAAACUUUGCCUUGACAUUGAAGACCACUGCCCGGAUGCUUCAGACGUUUGGGGCCUGCUUGGCCACAACGGAGUUGCCCAGAGGUGUGCCGUCCACUGAAGAGCUUCUCAUGUCCCACACAAGGCAGUGGGACAAGCUGCAGGAUGAGCUGAAAUUACUUGGAAAGCAAGGGGCCACAUUGUUGUCAUGCAUUCAAGAACCAGCAACCAAAAAUUCCACCAGUAAACUCAAUCCCAAUGAACUUGAGAAUGUAGCUACCAUGGAAAGGUUACUAGGUCAAUUGGAUGAAACCGAAAAAGCCUUUAGUCAGUUUUGGUCCAAGCAUCACCUGAAGCUUAACCAAUGCCUACAACUUCAGCACUUUGAGUACAACUUUUGUGAGGUUAAGCUUGCCCUGGACAACUUGUUGGCAGAGCAAGCAGAGUUUACAGACAUUGGAGACAGUGUGAUGUGUGUGGAACAACUUCUUAAGGAACACAAAAAACUGGAAGAAAAAGGCCAGGAGUCCUUGUCAAAAGCCCAGCUGCUUGCAAUGACAGGGGACCAGCUCACCCAAAGCCACCACUAUGCAGCGGCCUCCAUCAGACCCAAGUGUGUGGAGCUCAGGCACCUCUGCGAUGACUUCGUCAAUGAAAACAAGAGAAAAUAUGACAUCUUAAGAAAAUCUUUGGAGUUGCACAGACAGCUGGACAAGGUCAGCCAGUGGUGUGAAGCAGGAAUCUACCUCUUGGCUUCCCAAGCUGUAGAUAACUGCCAGUCGCGAGAGGGGGUUGACGUUGCCUUGAAUGACAUCGAUGCAUUCCUGGACACAGCCAAGGAGUACCAGUUGCCCAGCCCCAAGGAAUUUCACAACCAGUUUGAGUUCAUGCUCACCCUCGAAGUGAAGGCCAAAGCUCAGAAAGUCCUGCACAAGCUGGGUGAUGUACAGGAAAUAUUUCACAAGAGGCAAAUGAGUCUGAUGAAACUGGCAGCCAGACAGACUCGUCCAGUGCAACCUGUGGCCCCCCAUCCUGAAUCCUCCCCAAAAUGGGUGUCACCAAAAACCAGCCAGCCCUCUGCCUUGGGUCCUCUUCAGAAAACAUCUGAAGAACUUUAUGUGGAGACAGAUGUGAACUCCCUUGAAAAGGCAGAUGACAAGACUAAAGGUGAAGGCAAGAAUGAAGAAGUACUUGAAAGCAGGCUUGGUGGUGAGAACGCUGAGCUGGAGCAGCUAGACAGUCCAGAAAAUCUUUCCCCCAUCAGGCGCAUUAUACACGACUUGCUUGAGACUGAAGAGAUUUAUAUAAAAGAGAUUAAGAGCAUAAUUGAUGGAUAUAUCACUCCAAUGGAUUUUAUCUGGCUGAAGCAUCUGAUUCCAGAUGUUCUUCAGAAUAACAAGGACUUUCUCUUUGGGAAUAUUGAAGAACUUUACGAAUUCCACAACAGGACUUUUCUAAAAGAAUUGAAAAAGUGCAUUGAAAACCCUGAACUUCUGGCACGUUGCUUUCUCAAGAGAAAAGAAGAUCUUCAAAUAUAUUUUAAAUACCAUAAGAAUCUGCCCCGAGCUACGGAAAUCUGGCAAGAGUGUCAAGACUGUGCCUACUUUGGGGUAUGCCAGCGCCAACUGGAUCACAGUCUCCCUCUUUUUAAGUACCUCAGAGGACCAAGCCAGAGACUUAUAAAAUACCAGACGCUGUUGAAGGGUCUGCUGGAUUUUAAGUCUCCUGAGGAUUUGGAGAUAGACCCAGGUGACCUAGGAGGUUCGUCUAAGAAUGGGACAAAGAGGACCAAGGAUUCAGCAUUCUUAGCUGAACUACACCAAGCUUUGGCUGUGAUGGAGGAUUUGAUCAAGUCCUGUGAGUUGGCCGUGGACCUGGCAGCAGUCACUGGUUAUCCGGACGAUAUUGGAAAACUGGGUAAGCUGUUGAUGCAUGACUCUUUCAACGUCUGGACAAUUCACAAGGAUCGUUAUAAGAUGAAGGAUUUUAUUCGAUUUAAGCCCAGCCAGAGGCAAAUCUACCUAUUUGAAAGGGGAAUAGUGUUCUGUAAGAUACGAAUGGAGCCCAGCGACCAGGGCGCAUCUCCGCAUUACAGCUUUAAGAAGUCUAUGAAGUUGAUGACACUUUCAAUUCACCAACUUGAAAGGGGGAGCAACAGAAAGUUUGAAAUUGCCAACGAAAAUGGACUUGAGAAAUACAUCCUGCAGGCAGCUUCAAAAGAAAUCAGAGAUUGUUGGUUUUCAGAAAUAAGUAAAUUAUUGAUGGAACCACAAAACAAUAUUAAAGAUAUUUAUGAAGAUGAAGACAAUGGCAGACAAAGCUCCCCCAAAUGCUGCUCCAGCAGGGAGUUUAUCUCCAUGGAAACCUGUGACGACUGUGAAGGGGCAGAAGAUGAGGAGAGCAGCACUCUGACUCUCUCCGGACUUUUCCAGCUGGACGCGAGUUAUGAAACGUGUUCGGCCAAGUCUGCCCUGGAAGCGGGAGAACGCAUCCAGGGAGGAAAAGAAGGUGGUGAUGAGAAGGACACGUGAGUGUGAAAGAGGAAAGAAAAAAGCCGGCUACCACGUUGAGAAGACACUGAAGGAGCCCUAUGACCCAUGUGGCAGGAAGUGAAGCCUUUUUCUGACAGCCAUGUGAAUGAACCACCUUGAAAGUAGAUUCUCCAGCCCAGUCAAGCCUACAGAUGGCUUUAGCUCCAGCUGAUGUCUUGGCUGAGACCUCAUGAGAGACCGGAGCCAGAGGAAGCCAGCUAAACUGCUUUUGAAUUUAUUACCAGAGGAUCAUGAGAUAAUAAACGUUCAUUGUUUUAA